AAAAUUUUCAAACAGCUGAAGACGGAGCGCGUGGCGAGUGUGUGUAUGUGUGUGUUAGAGCGAGAAAGAGCGGAGAGGAUUUUACUCCCUCGACAGAUAAAUAAAGAAGAAAUCAGAGGAUUAUACUUUACUUUCAGCUUGUAGCGUACACUAGGAUGGAUCCAUUCACCGAGAAACUGUUGGAGCGCACACGUGCGCGUAGAGAAAAUCUGCAGAAGAAGAUGGCGGAGAGACCAACGGCAGCCAACCGUCCAAUGGCUAAAAGAACAAGAGAGCCACUUACAGAUACAAACAGUGUCUUAAGUGAGCCGACUAUUGAAAAAGCGCUUCCCUCCUCCAAGCCAUCCCCCUUCAAACGCCGCUGUUCAGACGAAAAUACUUUUCUUGCUGGAGAAGAAAACAAGCAGCCGGUGGCCCCACAAAUGACAGACCCCAUGACUGACCAGAAACCACCCCUGGCACCAACCACUGUUAGGCCGAUACCUGUGGAACAAAGGUCUGCUCCAGAUAUGCUGCCCACUCGGCCUCCUCCUGAGACUGAAAAGAUGGUGGUGUGUCCUCCACAGUCUCCAGCAAAACGCACUGAUAAUGUAUUGAGACAAAAAGGUCUAGAUGGAGCUAGAGAGACGCAGAAAGAAGCACCAACCACAUUUCCUUCCAGCAUGAGAUCUCGUCUGCAGAGACUGGCUGGUCAGAGGCAGAACUGGGACUCUAAUGGGGCCACAGAAGCUGUCUCAGAGAGUGUAGUUGUAUCUCCUUUGAAGUCCCAUAACUUGGAUCACCCUCCUGCUACUCCAACAAAUUCUGAGGUUCCUGUUGGAAGAAAGGGUAGACUUGCAAAUCUUGCUGCCACAAUCGGCUCUUGGGAAGAUGACCUUGGACACCCGCCCAUUCGCCGGGACAAUGCACAAGCACAGCCUGGCACGGCCUAUGUGCGCCCACCAGUCAGUACAGUAACAAGUAACAGUGAGCAACUUCAGUCUGCCCGGCCAACUUCACACAGGCCUGUUAAUAGAGGCCAGCAGCCUGCAGUGUAUUCUCCAGUCAAAUCAACCAGUGUGGUUCCUCCUAGUCCUCAAAAGACAGAGUUUCCUCAGGCCAGAUGGGCUCAAGCAGUGCCUUCUCCUGUUUCCAGCCCACUGAAGAUUCCCCCUUCCACCCAGCCCUCCAGUCCACUCAAAUCUGUGACGGCAUCUCCCUCUAGUCCCCACAGAGGUUACGUCUCUCAGAGCCCACUGAAGAGCCAUGGCCAAGUUGACAAGUUGAAUUUUGGAGCAGCACUUAAUUCAAGUCCUGCGAAACCAGUUUUGGCACCUAAACCAUCUGCCGCUGAUGAUGCUGUGAGUCGAGUGAGGUUUACUAAAGACGCAACACCCACACAGCACAGAGGCCCAGCUGCAACGCCUGGAGGGGUCAAGUCAUUUUUGGAACGUUUUGGAGAAAGGUGUCAGGAGCGUAACCAGAACACUCCCUCCAUGUUAGGAGGUCCAGGCCACACAUCUGCAGCUUCUACUCCUGCUACCCCCAAAUUUAAACUGCUCCAGGAGAGGCUUGGAGGGGCUCAGGCCACUUCCACCACAGCCGCCCUCACUGAGAAGCAGAAAAUGGAGCGAGAAGCAGAACUGGCACAAAUCCGUAAUAGGUUUCAGAAAGGCAACAUGUUGAGAGGCAAAGAGGACAUCAGUGAGGUCAAGGAUGACACUGAAAAUAAGGAAAUUGAACUUUCUCUACAGAGCCAGACUUCCUUACCACUGCAUGAUAAUAAGCCUUCUGUACAUGUGCCUGAAGUAUUCAACAGCCCCUCUAAAUCUAUUGGAAAAGGCAUGAGCUGUGCUUCUUCAAGUCCAGCAAAAGAAAUUGAACUAAAAGUGGAGAUGCCUACAGUGGAAGAGCCAGAGGAUGUCCAAGAAGUUGAUGUAGUGCGUGAGAUUGAGAUGAACGUGGACGCCUCUGUUAACUCUGAGGUGAUAAAUGAACUGUUUGAUGGAGUUCUGGAGGAAAGUGAUGAGGAUGCAGAUGAAGAUCCUCUGAAUAUCUCCUCCAUGUCUCUGCUUGCCCCGCUUGCAGAGACUGUAGCAGCUGUGAUCAAGAGCCCAGAAAGAAAGCCUAUGACAUCAACCCCUGCCAACUCAUUUUUGGUGAAGAGUUCCACCCCUGAGAAUCCAUCCAGGCCCAGUAAGUUCCAGAGGACACGCAUGUUACGAGCUGAUUCAUCUGACAGCAUUGAUGUUCUAGAUGAGCAACAAAACCAGAAACUUCUCUAUAGCAUUGAUGCCUACAGAUCCACCAGGGUUAAGAGCGAGCCAGAGAGACCUCAUGUUAAACAGGUGAUUGUCAGGAAAGAGGAUGUGUCUCAGAGAAUGGAGAUGAAUGGGAGCUCCAGUCACAUCAACAUCAAGCAGAAAAUGAAGAUGUUGACCAAUGAGAUGAACCUGCAGCAGACCGUGAUCCAUCAGGCUAGUCAGGCUCUUAACUGCUGCACAGAUGAAGAACAUGGAAAAGGAUCUCAGGUGGAGGCUGAGGCUGAAAGACUGCUGAUUAUUGCCACCGAGAGGAGGGCCGCUCUUAAGGCUGAGCUGGACCGAUUAAAAGCAGAAGGACCAACAGCACAAAAGAAGAGCGCAAGCAGCGUCCCGGUGGAUAUUGGUUUACCUGCUUCUAAAGGCUCCAUCUCACUACUGGAGCUGAGACUUCCACUGAAGGCCGACUUUAUCUGCUCUUCUGCCAACAAGCCUGAGUGUGGAAACCAUUACUUCUUUGUGAUGAUCCGUGCGGGACCUGAGAACACUGUGGCAACUCCUCUAUCAAGCACACGCACGGGUCUGAGUGGUGAUGCUUUGACCUUCACCACCACAUUCACUUUGUCUGAUGUGUCUAAUGACUUUGAGAUUGAUAUUGAAGUCUACUGUUUGGUUCAGAAACGAGAGCUGAACCCUGACAAGAGGAAAAAGGCCAGCAAGUCAAAGGCAAUCACACCAAAAAGGUUCCUCAAUAUCUCUAAGAGUAACCUCCAAACACCUGUGAUGGCCAGCCCUGGUGGUCCAAAUGCAGUGCGCACCAGUAGCUUUGUACUUGUUGGAUCACACAAGUUAACUCUGGCUUCUAUUGGGAAAAACAAGUUCCCUUUGGAGAAGAUCAAAUAUGAAAGGAGUGAAAGAGAGCUGCUCAGUGACAUGUUUCACAAUAAGGUGCCUUUUCUUUGUCCUUUGGAGGGGCAUGUAUAUCUAAAAAUGCAGUGUGAGGUUGGCUCACGGAUAGAGGAAAAAGGCUUCCUGACUAUGUUUGAAGAUGUCAGUGGUUUUGGGGCCUGGCACAGGAGGUGGUGCGUCCUUUCAGGAUACUGCAUCUCCUAUUGGACCUACCCUGAUGAUGAAAAACGGAAGAAUCCAAUGGGCCGCAUUAACCUUGCCAACUGUACCAGUCGUAAAGUGGAGCCGGCAAACCGAGAGUUCUGUGCUCGACCCAAUACAUUUGAGCUCAUCACUGUGAGGCCACAGAGAGAGGAUGACCGAGAGACCCUGGUCAGCCGGUGCAAAGACACACUCUGUGUUACCAAGAACUGGCUGAGUGCUGACACUAAAGACGAGAGGAAUCUGUGGAUGCAGAAGCUCAACCAGAUCCUGGUGGACCUGCGCAUGUGGCAGCCGGAUUCCUGCUACAGACCCAUGUGAAGGUCACUUUUACACUGACUAUAUGUCUGAUUUGGAAGUGCAAUGCGGCAUCACAGUUACAAAGCGUUUACGGAAGAAUUUACACAGGUUUUUCAUUCGAAUUUUGACCGAUGUCAAAUCAAUAAAGCCAUAAAUGUUGAGACAUUUCAAUGAAAGGACAGAAUGCUUUGCCCCACAGGGGUAUUCAGGUAUGUUCUAUCUUGAUCUAGUGUGUAAUACAAGCACGGCUAACUUAACGCGACUAAUCAUCGUUUGUUUGCUAUGCUAGUUUGUGUAUUUUUGAAUGUCUUUUGCAUGACUGCUGGAAUUCCUGCUGUAUUCAGAUUUCUUCAUCGCACCUCUGGGCAAAAAAAGUGGUCAAGCAAGCCAGUCUCCUGAAUCUUUAAAUGAACCACACACUUAAUGUCACUGCUGGGUGGAAACGCAUUUGAUUCUCAUUAAGUUGAGGUUUUUUAAAACCCUUGAUCUGUUUUUACAUUUUGCAAGCAGAUCUGCUUUUGCUAAUGAUGCGGAUGUUUUUAAUUCUUGCUCACUCAUCAUUGGAAUCAGAGUUGUAUUUGAAUAAGGGUUUGAUAUUAGAGUUCUGAAGAUGUUCUUAAAUUGAGAAAUCUAUAUUUAUGUUUGUUUUUGUUGAAAUUCACAGUAGAGCACACUUGGAUAAGCAAAGGGAAAUUGGGUUUUCUUCUAUUUUUUUGGAGCAGUUAUAGGGUUAGAACAGUGUUCAAUUCUUCCCUAAGUGACACGAGCUCUUGACAGGUUAGUUUCUGCAAAAACACAAACAAAAGUUUACACAAACGACAUUUUACUAGAGAUUUUCAUUCCUUAUAAGGAAAACUGUUCUUUUCUGUUUGAUCCACAUCUUUACAGUAUUUCUUGUUUGAUUAUGUAUCAUGCACAUGCCCUGUUUUCUAAGCUCUCUACACCAUAUGUAUAUUUUUGUGCAUUUUUAUAUUAAUAUUUUAGAUUUUUUUAAUGGUUGUAACUUACUCUAGAUUUAUUUACCUGAAUCCAAAUGUAUUUGUUAAAUAAGUGACAUUUACCAAAAGCUUACUAUUUUAAUGACACUAAAUGUCAGAUUUCCUUGACUGGGAUACAUUUCUUGACUUUGUGUCUUGGGAUUUACAAUACCAAAAUUCAGCCCUCAUCCAUGUAGUAAUCUUAAAGGGUCAGUUCACUCCGCACCCUCGUGUUCUAAACUCUGAACACAAAUGAAGAGAUGUUUAAUACAAAUCUGACAGAGCUCCAUCUCUGACGCUUCAGUUUUAUGUGAAGAAAUUUUGAAAGAGACAAAAAUGACACAGAUUUUAUUAAAAUCUUUAUUUGUGUUCUAAAGAUGAGCAAAAAAUUUUAUGGGUUUGGGACAACAUGAGGGUGAGAUUUUUAUUUUAUUUUUUUAUUAUUAUUUUGAGGUUCAUUGACCAUUUAAGGCACUUUAAUGUCAUGGCUUCAGUUGUGUGUUAUGGUAUCUUAAACACUCCAAAUGUGGCUUCCAUGUAUCACGCAGAGCUGCAGUUAAAUAAAUCAAGCUUUUGACAACA